AUGAUCCCAAAUGACCCAGCUCGUGUUACUCCUCGCGUGGUGCCAACACAGCAUAUGGUUGCGCGGGACAUUACUCGGGAAUUUGUUAACGCUGCGUCUAAAUUAAAGCAGGGCGAGCUCGUUAAAGAUGCGGAAUUCACUUUAUUUGAGGCCGUCGGGGCGUUGGAGAUCAUGGACUCCAAGAUGGACAGUGGAUACCUAGGCCCCGGUGAAAGUCAUGCGGAAGCGCUCGAAUAUGAUUACGAUGUGAUGCGAGAACUACAACCAGAAGAAGUCCUGGGACUCGUGGAUCAAUUGUUAUGCCAUGAGAUGGCAUGGCACAUGGGACAUCCUCUCUCACAAACUCUUUUCACCUCGAUAUACCUCGACAAACUUCUUUGGCCGGUCCCCAAAUCCUUCGACGAAUAUACCUUCCACCGCGGAACUACCGGGGUGCAACUGGAAAACGAGAAAAAUAUACCUCUAGUCCACCUUGUUCUGAGGGCAUACUGUUUAGGGUUGGUCAAGGCUUGUGAUUUAGUACAUCGGAGGAUUACACAAGAAUAUUACUAUGAGGAAGAGGAUUUUGUUCCUCAACUUUAUAAUCGCAGUCUACUCAGCGAGUUCGACGUUGAGCCCGUGCAGAAAGUCCUCGAAAAUGCCGUUGAGUAUCUGCAGAAGCUUGGAAAUGACGGAAUAAGCAUAGAUGUGAGAAAUGCAUUGAUUGAUAGGUUGCGUUUAAGGAGUCAUUUCCUUGCAGCUUUGAGCAAGGAUAUGGGUGCGCCCUUUUCGAAUGACAGAGGGCCUUUUACGGCCUGUUUGGCGCUGAUUCCUUCCCUUAACAAAUCGGAAGCUCUUGGGAAACCCGUUCCGGACUCAUUUACGCUAAAGAUCCAGCGAAAGCUGGCGAGCACGAUACCUCCCCGGCCAAUGGUGACAAUCGAAAUAAAGACUGCUAUCGACCAUUUGAAGCGACUUUUCCAGGAUGCCAUUGAUAUGCACGAAAUACUGGCCUAUAGCAGUCCAAGUGAUUUGAGAGUCUGCGUUUGGACGAUCGCAUCGAGAAAACCACAACCAGGGAUAUACAUUCGUUGUCUGAUGCAAGCAUUUAUCGUGAAUGAGAUGAAGAUACUGGGCUCUAAACCGGCCAAGCAGCUAUUCUACGAUGACCUCAGAGACCUUGUACUACCGUUGAGCUCGUUACUCGACGAGCAUAAUGCAGAAAUCGAGGUUCCUAGUGAUCCUCGAUUUCAGAUACAUCAGAGUAUGGAAUCGUUUGUGGCUCGUGUUGCUCAUCCGUUCGUUGAUACAUUCCGUACCUCCUGUUUGAAUCGAUCUCGAGUACGCCGUGCCUUGUGUCACUCUAUCCUGGAAUGGGAUAAUCUUCAAAUUGAGGCCGAAGAACUCGACACACAUCUUCAACCCCUUACUGGCGAAGUACCAUUAACAUUAGAAAAUGGCCAGUCAACAUAUGCUUAUCCACUCGGCAGCUGGGUAUACCAUGAAAAACUAAAACAGAUGCAACUAAUCUUUCAAAUGGGAUUCGAGCUAUCUAUCUACGCCCCGGAAGAACUUGCUGGAAUGUAUUGGUAUCUGUCCCACUUGUGUUCCAGUCACCAACUACAUAUCGAACGAAUACAAGCAUUUGUUCACGCAGAAGGCAGGAGGAGCUCCCGUUUCAAAGGUAACGAGGAAUCCUUUGAAAGAACACUUACCACUCUCGGUCGUCAUAGUCUAUGGCUCAUUGCGACGGAGUCAUUUUCCCUCGGACUUCAAGCGCUUUACGUAUUCCUUGAGCGUCACAAAGUCCUCCCCCAUGCAGCUUCACAAUCUGCAUACUCCAGCGCCCGACUUCGAUAUGAACUUCGAAUGAAGCCCUUCCUUUCCAUCAGUCUCCCGGAAUUAGUCUCAUAUGAUCAGUACGAGGAAAAUGCCACCCUCAAAGGUCAGACUGACAUCGAACUACUCAAAAGAGCCAGUAGAGUAAUUGCCGAUGCCCGCAAAGCAUGGGAAGCGGUACUUGCGCAGGGUGCGUUUGUACCAACCUCUAAGAAGCAGCAAAAGCAACAAAAUAGCGGUGAAUCAGUACGCAGGCCAGCUAUAGAAGCUGACUGGCAACGCAGCACAAAGGACUCACUCCGAGCAUGUAUAGGCGCUAGUAUUGCGAUUCAGACAGCUACCAAGAUCUUUAAUAAGAUGAAGUUGUCGUCUGUUCCGAAUACUGGGAAGAAAUCCGAGACAGUAUCGCUGCUAAUCAAGGUGGAUAUCCCGGAAGUUGGAUCAACAGGGCGAUAUCAUGACUGGUGGGCGGUACCACGCAUAGCAGAGGUUGAGUCGGGGUGAGCUGGUCUUUUGAGAUCACUCGACAAGGGCCAAAGAAGGAAGCCUGGUUUCGUCAACUUGCUUCGAAUUCCCAGUUACGCUGACUGUACGGUCCGAAAAACAUACUUUAUUAGCAUUGAUCAAUAUGCACAUAUCUCAAUUAGGUAUGUUACUUUCUAGACAUUUCAUCCUCGACAUGCAUAUAUGCAUGUGCUCUGCUGUGCUGUGCAACCAAUUGCGCACGGGACCAAGAUAUGUCCCGGC